CCGGAGCGGCGGCCGCACGAUGGCGCCGCGGCGCAGUCCCGCCCCCGGGCCGCCCCCGCGCUCCGGCAGAGGCUGCGGGAUGGCGGCGGCGCGGGGCCGGGUGCUGUGCCUCUUCGACGUGGACGGGACGCUGACGCCGGCUCGGCAGAAAAUCGAACCGGAGGUGGACCGCUUCCUGCAGGAGCUGCGCGGCAGGGUGCAGAUCGGCGUGGUGGGGGGCUCCGAUUACUCCAAGAUCGCCGAGCAGCUGGGAGAGGGCGACGAAGUCGUCGAUAAGUUUGAUUACGUCUUCGCCGAGAACGGCACCGUGCAGUACAAGAACGGGCGGCUGGUGGCCAAGCAGGCCAUUCAGGACCACCUGGGAGAGGAGCUGCUGCAGGACCUCAUCAACUUCUGCCUCAACUACAUGGCGCUGCUGAAGCUGCCCAAGAAACGAGGAACCUUCAUUGAGUUUCGCAAUGGGAUGCUGAACAUCUCCCCCAUUGGGAGGAGCUGCACACUGGAGGAGCGGAUCGAAUUCUCUGAGCUGGACAAGAAAGAGCGGAUCCGGGAGAAGUUUGUGGCAGCCCUGCAGAGGGAAUUUGCUGGCAAAGGGCUACGUUUCUCUCGAGGUGGCAUGAUCAGCUUCGACGUCUUCCCAGAGGGCUGGGACAAGCGCUACUGCCUCAACGUGCUGGACGAUGAGAGGUUUGACACCAUCCACUUCUUCGGGAACGAGACCACCCCCGGAGGGAACGAUUAUGAAAUCUAUGACGACCCCCGGACGGUGGGACACAGCGUCCAGUCCCCCCAGGACACGGUCCAGCGGUGCCGUGAAAUCUUCUUUCCUGAGAGAGCGAAUGAGUGCUGACUGUGAGGGUCCUGCAGCCCUCCUCCCUUCUCUCCCCCACGAAGAAAAGCACCUUCGUUUGAGGAAUCUGCUCAGGGUAGACUGAAAAACACUUGCCGGUGCUGGUCAGGGAGCUGUUGUGUGAGUGCAGGGGGUGUGCAGAAGGGGGCUGUUGUUGGUCAGCCCUUUGGCACUCCCAAUUUGUGGCUGAGGUCUGUGGGACCAAGCAGUCCUUCCUCCAGCAGAACUUCUCUCUUGCCAGCUGGGGCCUCAGUGGGCAGCGAUACAUUCCUGCCUUCUGGACCCAAAUGCCAGGGCCAGAUUUAACCACAUCUGUCUAUGUGCGUGUGUCUGUCCGUCCUUCUCUUGUUCCCUUCUCUGUUUUGCUGUGUUGCUCUUCAACGCCUCUGCACAAGGGAAUUUGUCUCUCAUGUUUCUCUCCCACUUUGCCAGCGGCUUCCCAGCAGCCUGCACACAAUUGCAGCAUGGCUGAGGCACCUCUGGGUCCACCUGGCCCAACCCCUGCACCCAGAGCAGGGUACCCAAGCCCACGUCCAGGCGGCUUCUGAAGAUCUCCAAGGAGGAGACCCCACAGCCUCUCUGGGCAGACUUUGCCAGUGCUUAAUCUUCCCAUCCAUGUGUCCAUUACAUGUCACAGAUGCGUUACUAUAAAGCCUUACCCAAGGCAUUCAUAGCAGACUAAGUCCCCUUCCUUCCUAGUGCUCAGCUCUCCUGCUACAUCCUGCUUCCUCCCGCUGUCCUCGUGCUGUCAUUGCCCAUCCACACAUGCCCGUUGCCCAUGGAGCUGGGCUCAGAGAGAAGUUUCCCAAUGGCUGCCACCCUUUAACCACGGGACCAAAGCAAAAGCUGGUGCUUCUGGGCCUGAGGCAGUUUUUCACAGUCCCUGAGAGGACUUUGGUCCCGCUGCCUGGCCCUGCUCGCGCUGCAGUGGUGUGUGACCAGCACUGGUGGGUGCUUUCUUCUCCGUGUGACGGUACCUCUUCAACACAUCAGUCUGUAAACGUAUCCAAUUUGCAUGAGUGCAGCGGCCUGGCAUCCAGAAAUCUCCAACAAAUGCACAAAUACCUCUCUCUACCCAGAGAAAAUCUGUGGGAGGGGGGGACAUGUUGGAGAAGCCUGAAUGCGGAGUGCCCUCUUCACGGGCCGCCAUUUUGACCCUCCACGUCAGCGCUCAUGGAGGAACCUUGUGUUUUGUGGUUCCUCCUCUUUCACUGAGGAUCAGGGUGUGGUUUAUUUUUCCUGUGAGUCUAUUUCAAGUCAGCAGGAUUUCUGUGUUGUUUGGCAGUGAGGCUGCAAGGCACUGUGGUGGCCCUGGGGGCUGAGGUGAUCUGUUUGCUCCCCAUGCUGUCUGUAGGGCCGCUCAUGCUGUGCGUGAGGGGACAACCUGUCCUGCCGUAGCUCUGGCUGCAGCCUGGCUGGGUUCUCUGGAGUUUCUCAGAGGCAGGGAAGCUUCCCUUUGUCUGCCCCAUAGCGUGGCCACGGGUUUCUCCCCAUGGGUGUGUGAGUGAGUGGAUGCGGUGGGCCCUGUGGUGGGAACCGUAUGGCUCUGUAUCUGUGCGAGGUGGGCAGCUCCUGUCUGACUGGUACCAACUGUUAGAUUAGAAAUAAAUUUAAAGAAAUAAAUAUAUAAAUAUAUAUAUGUAUACAAAUCCUAUUAAAGCCACAGUGUGCAGUUGUCA